AAACAUCCAUUUCUAACAAGGAGUAAUUGGAUUAUGCCUUGAUACAGUACCUGAGUAAGGUGGAGCCUUAUUUUGUCAUAGAACAUGGCUUCGAAAGUUCGAAGUUCUUUUAAGCCUCCUUUUUUACCCUAUUUCCCAUCCUUCUCUCCUCAUACCACAGACAAACAUCACAUAAAGUACCAAUCACAACAUAAGAAUUCGCAACAAAGUACCUUCAUAAAUAACUGUUCUAUCUCAAAACCACAAAGUACGCUCUUCCCGAAGAUCCAAUUUAUUCUCAUCUAACAAUUCUCAGAAAUACACAUCUACCCGCACAAAUCAAAAUGCCAGAACAAUCCAAAGCCGACCUCAUCUCCGAGCGUCAAUCCAACCUUCCUCUCCCUGAACAACCACCUGUGGCAAGCGACUGGCAAUCCGCCGAUGCUACCAAAGUCAACAUUGGAUCAGGCAGAGACGUCACUAGCCAGACCUCGACUGGCAAUGCUUCCGAAGCUGGACUAGAGGGUGCUGCUACUAGGGGAAGUGGUGUCAGAGAAGCGGGUGGUGUAGAUUUGACCAACAUUGGACGCGAAGGUGUUGAGAAGAAGAAUUAAGGAAAUGCUGGGGAAUGAUUGAGUGAACACCUAGGAUAGAUGGUGGGUGUACUAUUUUAUGGGAAUGAUUGAUGAUGGAUUAUGAUUCAAAAUAGCAUGGAUGGAUUAGAUAGCAUUUUGUUUUAUUAUACGCAUCAGCCUAGGAUUUGGG